GUCCAAGCUCCCCUCUGCACUGAGAGGCAAGCUCGGUUGGGACCCACCUCUCUGGAUGCUGGAUCAUAUAAAAGGGGAGCCCAGGCGCUUGCCGAGUCAGUAGGAGGUUUCUGCUGGGGUCUGGACUGGAUCUACAUAGUCAGAUCAUCCCUGUAUGACUGGACUCUAAACCAGAACAAAGGGGCCCAAAGAGUCUACAUGUCUAAUAUUUAGACAUGUUCAGCUUUGUGGAUUCUCGGUUACUGCUGUUGAUAGCAGCGACUGUACUACUCACCAAAGGCCAAGGAGAAGACGACGUUCCAUCUGGAAACUGCAUACAGGACGGACUAACAUACAGCGACAAAGAUGUGUGGAAACCGGAACCCUGCCAGAUCUGCGUGUGCGACAGCGGCAACAUCUUGUGCGACGAGGUGAUCUGCGAAGACACCUCGGACUGCCCCAACGCUGAGAUCCCCUUCGGAGAAUGCUGCCCCAUCUGCCCCGACAGCCAGGCCUCUCCUUCCUACCCAGAAACCACUGGAGUAGAGGGACCCAGAGGAGACCCCGGCCCCAGAGGAGACAGGGGACCCCCCGGCCCACCUGGGAGAGACGGCAUUCCCGGACAGCCUGGUCUUCCUGGACCCCCAGGCCCCCCAGGACCUCCAGGCCUUGGCGGAAACUUCGCACCUCAACUCUCUUACGGUUAUGACGAGAAAUCCGUUGGCGGCCUGUCCAUGCCCGGCCCUAUGGGUCCAGCUGGUCCCCGCGGUCUCCCCGGCCCUCCUGGUUCUCCCGGUCCUCAAGGUUUCCAAGGUCCUCCCGGCGAGCCUGGCGAGCCUGGCGCUUCUGGUCCCAUGGGUCCCCGCGGUCCUGCUGGCCCCCCUGGCAAGAACGGAGAUGAUGGUGAAGCUGGAAAGCCCGGGCGUCCCGGCGAGCGUGGUGCUCCCGGCCCCCAGGGUGCACGUGGUCUGCCCGGAACUGCUGGCCUGCCAGGCAUGAAGGGUCACAGAGGCUUCAGUGGUCUGGAUGGUGCCAAGGGUGAUACUGGUCCAGCUGGCCCCAAGGGUCCAACUGGCCCCGCUGGCCCCCCUGGCUUCCCCGGAGCUGUCGGUGCUAAGGGCAACCCUGGGAGCGACGGACAACCUGGUGCCAAAGGUGCCACUGGCAACCCUGGGAGCGACGGACAACCUGGUGCCAAAGGUGCCACUGGUGCUCCUGGCAUUGCUGGCGCUCCCGGCUUCCCCGGUGCUCGUGGUCCCUCCGGCCCCCAGGGUCCCAGCGGUGCCCCCGGCCCCAAGGGUAACAACGGUGAACCUGGUGCUCCAGGCAACAAGGGAGAUGCUGGCGCUAAGGGAGAACCUGGUCCUGUUGGUGUCCAAGGCCCCCCUGGUCCAUCCGGCGAAGAAGGCAAGCGAGGGUCCCGCGGAGAGCCCGGCCCCGCUGGUCUGCCCGGCCCUGCUGGCGAACGUGGCGCCCCCGGAAGCCGCGGUUUCCCUGGCUCUGAUGGCAUUGCCGGUCCUAAGGGUCCCGCUGGUGAACGUGGCUCCCCCGGCCCUGCUGGCCCCAAAGGAUCCCCUGGUGAAUCUGGACGUCCCGGAGAGCCUGGUCUGCCCGGUGCCAAGGGUCUGACUGGAAGCCCCGGUAGCCCAGGACCCGAUGGCAAGACUGGCCCCACUGGUCCCGCUGGCCAAGACGGUCGCCCCGGCCCCCCCGGCCCUCCCGGUGCCAGAGGUCAGGCUGGCGUGAUGGGUUUCCCUGGACCUAAAGGUGCUGCUGGUGAGCCCGGCAAACCCGGUGAAAGAGGCACUCCCGGACCCGUCGGCGCUGUGGGUGCUCCUGGUAAAGAUGGUGAAGCUGGUGCCCAGGGACCUCCUGGCGCUGCUGGCCCCGCUGGAGAUGUGUCCCUUUGCUUUCCCGCGCCGCUCCCCUCUGCCCAGGGUCUGCCCGGCCCCGCUGGACCCGCUGGUGAAAGUGGCAAGCCCGGUGAGCAGGGCGCCCCCGGAGACGCUGGUGCCCCCGGUCCUGCUGGUGCAAGAGGCGAGCGAGGGUUCCCCGGCGAGCGUGGUGUCCAAGGUGCUCCCGGUCCACAGGGUCCACGUGGUUCUAAUGGUGCUCCUGGGAACGACGGUGCUAAGGGUGAUGCUGGUGCUCCUGGCAGUCCUGGAAACCAAGGCCCACCCGGUCUGCAGGGUAUGCCCGGUGAACGCGGUGCUGCGGGUCUGCCCGGCGCCAGGGGAGACAGAGGUGAUGCUGGUCCCAAAGGUGCUGACGGAACUCCCGGCAAAGACGGCCCAAGAGGUCUGACUGGCCCCACACCCCCCCCCGGCCCAGCGGGUGCUCCUGGUGACAAGGGUGAAUCUGGUCCCUCCGGCCCCGCUGGUCCCACCGGCGCUCGUGGUGCUCCCGGAGAUCGUGGUGAGCCCGGCCCCCCUGGUCCCGCUGGAUUCGCUGGCCCCCCUGGUUCUGACGGCCAACCUGGUGCUAAAGGUGAAACUGGCGACUCUGGUGCUAAGGGCGAUGCUGGUCCCCCAGGCCCUGCUGGACCUACUGGUGCUCCUGGCCCCUCUGGUGCUGUUGGUGCUCCUGGACCCAAAGGUGCUCGUGGUAGCGCUGGACCUCCUGGUGCUACUGGUCCCCCUGGCCCCUCUGGAAACAUCGGUCUCCCCGGCCCCCCAGGCCCCAGCGGAAAGGAAGGUAGCAAGGGACCCCGUGGUGAGACUGGCCCCGCUGGCCGCAGCGGCGAACCCGGCCCCGCCGGCCCCCCCGGACCCUCUGGUGAGAAGGGCUCUCCCGGUUCCGACGGUGCCCCUGGCUCCCCUGGCACCCCAGGCCCACAGGGUAUCGCUGGGCAGCGCGGUGUCGUCGGCCUGCCUGGACAGAGAGGCGAGAGAGGAUUCCCUGGGCUCCCUGGCCCAUCUGGCGAACCUGGCAAACAAGGUCCAUCUGGCCCCUCUGGUGAGCGUGGUCCUCCUGGCCCCGUCGGGCCCCCCGGCUUGGCCGGCCCCCCUGGCCCAGCUGGACGUCAGGGCUCUCCUGGUGCGGAAGGUGCCCCCGGCCGCGACGGAGCUGCUGGUCCCAAGGGCGACCGUGGUGAGACUGGCCCAGCUGGUGCGCCUGGUGCUCCCGGUGCCCCCGGCGCCCCCGGCCCUGUUGGUCCCUCUGGCAAGAAUGGAGAUCGUGGAGAGACUGGCCCCGCUGGUCCCGCCGGCCCCGCUGGUCCUGCUGGUGCUCGUGGCCCUGCUGGCCCCCAAGGUGCCCGCGGCGACAAGGGUGAAACUGGAGAACAUGGCGACAGAGGCAUGAAGGGUCACAGAGGAUUCUCUGGUCUCCAGGGUCCACCUGGCCCUCCCGGCUCUCCUGGCGAGCAAGGUCCCUCUGGAGCUUCCGGUCCCGCCGGCCCACGGGGUCCCCCUGGCUCCGCCGGUUCCGCUGGCAAAGAUGGUCUGAACGGUCUCCCCGGCCCCAUUGGCCCACCAGGUCCACGUGGUCGCACUGGUGACGUUGGUCCCGCUGGUCCCCCCGGACCUCCCGGACCCCCUGGUCCCCCCGGCGCACCCAGCGGCGGCUUUGACUUCAGCUUCAUGCCCCAGCCCCCUCAGGAGAAGGCCCACACCGACAGCCGCUACCACAGAGACGAACGCGCCAACUACUGGAUUGACCCCAACCAAGGCUGCAACCUGGAUGCCAUCAAGGUCUACUGUCACAUGGAGACCGUGGGGAGAAGGACCAGCUGGCUCCCCCUGCUGGUCUCUCUCUCUUCCAUGCAGUUUGAAUAUGGUGGUGAGGAAUCCAACCCAGCUGACGUCGCCAUCCAACUGACCUUCCUGCGCCUGAUGUCCACCGAGGCCUCCCAGAACAUCACCUACCACUGCAAGAACAGCGUGGCCUACAUGGACCAGGAGACCGGCAACCUCAAGAAGGCUCUGCUGCUCCAGGGCUCCAACGAGAUCGAAAUCAGAGCAGAGGGCAACAGCCGCUUCACCUACGGAGUCACCGAGGAUGGCUGCACGAGUCACACCGGCACCUGGGGCAAGACAGUCAUCGAAUACAAGACAACGAAAACCUCCCGCCUGCCCGUCAUUGACGUGGCCCCCAUGGACGUUGGUGCGCCAGAUCAGGAAUUCGGAAUCGACGUCGGCCCCGUCUGCUUCUUGUAAACCGGAGCUAAAACCUGCCCGGAAAGAAAACAAAAAACAGCCAAAAAGGAGAAAAUUUCACAUGGACUUGAAUUCGUGUUUUUUUCUAUCCAUCAUCUCUAAAACUAUUUUUGUUUCCAUUAAAAAAAAAAAGCAUUAAACCAAAAAAAUAAAAAUAAAUGACUUUUCAAAAAAAUCCCAGACGUGGGUCCACUUGCUUGACAUGGUUCUAUUUCAUUUCAUUUUUUUUUUAAAUCCCUGAAGACAGAUUGGGGUUGGUUUGGUUAUUUUUUUAACGUGAUAUCUCGGGACCACAACUUGCACAAUCCAACCAAAAAUACCAUCCAAAACCGACCCUACCAAAACACCCAAAUCACAACCUGCUUUGAAAAUUUUGCAGCAAGAAUGGUUUAGAACCUGCUCCCCCUGCUCCUACUCCUCUUCCACCAGUGCAAAAAUCUCUUUUUAUAACCUGGAGUUGGAAAAAACACCAAAACUAACUGCCAGCUGACCUCUCCCUGCUGGUGUCUUUACUAAAUGUAUUUUCUAUACCGCUGCAAGGAAGGCACUUACAAUGGUGUGUAAUGAACCUUUUUUCCUUUCAUUUGUUCAGGUGGCAAAAGAAAUAAAUAGGAGAAAAACUUCAAAUCCAGGUGUUGUAAUUGUUUUCCUAAGCAGAGCCUGGCAGAGUGGAAAACAGCCGAGAUUGUCGCUUGGUGUGCUGCCUUUUAAACAGAAAGAGCUGUUAGCAGGACAGCUGGGAGAAACAAUCCACUGAGACAAAAAUCCAGUGUUUUGUCAGUGAACGAUGAAGGGAAAAUGAAGGACUCACAAGCAUUCCCAACGCAGAAAAUGUCGUGUUAAACCUGUGUAUUACUGUUGUAUGGAAGGUUACCUCUCACUGUGUUUUCCAAGUAGUUGUUUAGCUUGCUUUGAGGUUUUGAAUGACACCAGAUUGUGGAGAGGGGGCGUGGAGUCCAGGGUUAGAUCAACGGUGCUAACUUUGUCUUUUUUUUCUUUUCGUUGGCUAUGUUAAUGGUUUUCGGUUCUAGGUCCCUUUUCUUUGUUUGGUGGUUUAAAGCUGCACGAUCCAACUCAUGGAGAGGCUGCGAUAGGGACCAAUUGGUGCUAUAGAUCUAGGACUGUUGUUUUAAGGAAAGAAACUCAGUUCUUUUGCUGCCCAGGGUCAACUUGUGAAUUUUCUGAUGGUGCUAUUUAAAAAAAAAAAAAAAGAAACAACCCCCUCUAAAAGCAGGGCGGGAACCAAUGCAAACAGAUCCAAGUAGCCUUGAAAGGGAAGGAGAGCGCCAGCCUCUUUCCGGUUAAGCAGGUGGAUUCCGUUUCUGCUUUCCUGACUCAACCCUUCGCUUUUCCCAUCCCUCUGUCCUCCUUCAGCCUGCUGCCUUCUCUCUCCUCCACACCCCGCCCCCGCCGCUGGGCUGUUUUCUCUCGCCUUCCCUUCCCUCUCGCCCGCUCCUCCUCUGUGCUUCUCUGCAAGGGUCCCCAGCAGCCCCGCGCAAAGCCCCGUCCUGCAGGGCGCAGGUGUGCUAGGGAGGCGCCACCGAGGAUUCUGUACCUGUUGUGUGUCUGUAUGAUAAUUUGAGAUGUUUUUAAUUAUUUUGACUGCUGAAAUAAAGCAUGUGAAAUGAUUUAAACAAA